CAUAUACAGUCAGCACACACUCGCCUCGGCUCUCAGAUCUCAUCCACCCGUCGGUGUGUAUGAGUCCCUGUGCAACACGCUGAGCAUCACUCCCUCACACACUACGUCCGUCAUUGGCUCCUUGGCUCUGACCGGAGAGAAGGAUUCUCCUGUAUGGCCUGUGACUCUCUGCUCUAACUGAAGACUACCACACAACACAGAGCAGAGAGACAGGGAAGAGGAGAGGGAGAGAAACGCUACCCCCCUCAGAGAGAACAAAAAACAGCCUGACGGUGUGGCGGCAGCAGCAGCAGCAGCAGUAGAAGGAGAAGCCUUUGUCUUGUCCAGCUUGGUCCACAUGCUCCCCCCGUAGAAAGAAGAGAACAGAAGAGAGGAGCGGAGCAGCUCUGAGCACUGACACAUUGACCUACUCUAGCAGGAAGAGAACAACGUUUGCUGUUUGCUGUGUUUCCCUGUGUGGAUUCAGAUUCAGUACUUGGACAGCUCCGGAGCGCUCCGCUCUCCAACACAUUCCUGUAGUAUAGUAUAUGUGAAGUCUCCCUCGUCGAGACCCCAUUCCCAGGGGCAGCCCUGGACCCCCAGCCCCCCUUGGCUCGCUCCCUGGCUCCCUGCACCCCUCUCCCCCUGGGGACAGUGGACAGCAUGGCCAGCCUGGAGCACCAGUGGGAGAAGCAGCUCUUUGAGAAGUUCUGGAAGGGGACGUUUAAGGCUGUGGCCACACCGAGACCAGGGAGCAUCAUCGUGGCCAGCAUCACCGCACGGAGGAGGGUAAUCAGCACUGAGACAACAACAUGCCAGCCACUUAAGGCUGAUGGGAGGAAUGCCGAGGCAGCAGACACCAAGUUGGACACAACCACAGACAGAAAUGGAUGCAUUAGAGACAUGGGAAGACGCAAACAUGGCAGAUAUCAUCGGACGCGGAGUGUGUUGUUUGAUGAGGAAAUCUCCCCUCGGCCCCACGUUUCCAAGGGGAAGAAGAAGAGGAGGAAAUCGGAGAGAAAGAGGAAGAGGGAAAGGUCUCCGUACUACAGUCUAUCUCCGGAGAGGAAGAAGAAAAAGAAGAAGAAGAAGAGCUCUAAGAAAAGCAAACGCCACAGGUACACCUCUAAAAAGACAAAGCACAGCUCUUCUAGUUUGAAACAUAAGAGGAAGGAUGAUCGAAAGCACAAGAAAAGUUCACGGAGGCACAUGCACCGGAGACGACGCUACCGGAGGUUGGAGUCUGAUAGUUCCACCUGGCGCUCCUCCAGCACCGAGAGCAGACGUCAUCUGCACAAAUCAGUGGAUCACCCUGCAUUGGGAGGCCUGGCAGCCCUGAUGGAGGACCCUGGUACAUCACUGGACCACGGAGGGUUUGAGUGGGAGCCGGCCGCCAAGUCAGUGUGUAAAACAACUCCAAUCUUUCGCUCCGUCCUUUCUACCAGCACCGUCUUACAGUCAAAACCUGGCGGUGAGGUUUUAAACACAACAGUGAUUCUCCGUCACACUUUGUCCAAUCAGAGCAAAGGACCACAGGAUUACGAUUCCGGGAACGACACGUCUUCCCCACCAUCGACCAAAACCGGCAUUUCACAGUCAAACGUCACCGGCGACAAAAAGGUCCUAUGCCGUGCGCCGGCUUCACCAGAGAAACUGAGGUUCAGGGACGGAGACAACGUGUCCGACUCUGGGAAUUCUGUGACCAGCUACGCUUCCCUGUGUAAACCUCUGCAUGUGGAAGGUGGCUUGCCUACUGCUACUUUCAACGCGAAAGGCAAGAGUGACCCGGUGAAGACAUCAGGAUGUGGGGCCAAGGUGGGGAGACCUCAGAAGGCUGCCUCCAUCUCUCCGUUGAGGACGGUGGCCUCUUCACGUAAGAGGACUAAAGCCAUCUCCUCCAGCAGCAGCAGCAGAAGCAGGAGUAGAUCCUCUGGGAGCUCCAGACACUCUGGACGCUACUCUCGAAGCCGAUCACUGUCAUCUGCUAGGUCAUACUCCCGUUCACCGAGCUACUCAGCUGGUUUGAGAAGGAAAGGAAGUGUAGGUGGUAGGUCCAGAGGAAGAUACUCCAGGAACAGCAAAGACAGGGUCCGAGAGAGGAAGAGGGACCCCAGCUCCUGCGAGAAGGAUGUGAAACACAGCAGUCGGAAGCAUAGCGGGAAGAGGCAAAAACCCAGGUCCUACUCUCCCAUGAGAAAAAGGAGGAGAGAUUCACCCAGUCACCUGGAAGCCAGGAGGAUAACCAGUGCCAGGAAGAGACCCAUCCCCUACUUCCGUCCCAGUCCUUCGUCCAGCAGUCGCUCUACCAGCGUAUCCUCUUGGAGCAGCCUCUUCACAAGGAGUCGCAGCCCCAGCCCUGGCCUCUGCCUCAGCCGAUCCAGGAGUAGAAGCCGAAGAAGAAGUAGGAGUUACUCCUCCUACAGGAGCUACAGUCGCAGCUCGUCUUGGAACUCCAUCUUUGGGAGUCGAAGCCGGAGUCGGAGCUAUGACUCGUUGGAUGGUUACAGCAAGAACAAGAACCGGCGCUGAGUUAUAAAACAGACUGAGGAAGAGGAGACUGACUUAUCAACAGACUGAGGAAGAGGAAACUGACUUAUCAACAGACUGAGUUAGCAACAGACUGAGUUAUCAACAGACUGAGGAGGAGACUGCACUAUGAUUCCCCAAGUCAACAGGAGAACGGCGAAUGUAUGGGGACAUAUUUUCCUCUCUUUGCAUCAUUCCAUGUUAGAUCUCUGAGCCAGAACCUUCAAGCAAUUGUUUUUACCAUACAUUGAAUUGCUUGGCAGAUGAAUUACCAUUUGAAUUGUAGCAGUGCUGUUCACAUUACCCAGACAGAAACCACUGGAAAUAGAUUUGAAUUUUGACUUUCGUUCAUUUUUGUCCAUCCCCAGUGGAUUUGUAAUGUCCUGAGAGAGUUUGGUCCAUCCCCAGUGGAUUUGUAAUGUCCUGAGACAGUUUGGUCCAUCCCCAGUGGAUUUGUAAUGUCCUGAGAGAGUUUGGUCCAUCC